AUGGUGAGUAAGGACCCCGGCCAAGGCCUACUCACACCUUCCGAGAGCGAAGCGGAGCCGGCAGCUUCCCUGGCCCUGGAGAUGCGCUACGCCCUGGACGCCAACCGGCAGAUCAAGAAGAGGAACAAAGCCCUGCAGGUGCGCUUCAAAGACAUCUGCGAGGCCCAGAGCGAGCACAGGGACAGGCAGCUGAGCGCCGGGCCGCCCUCGGACAGGAGGGAAGCCAAGGCCGUGUCCCACAAAGCGGCCGCCUACCGCAAGUACAUGACGGUGCCCGCCCGCAGGUCCAUCCCCAACGUGACCAAGAGCACCGGCGUGCAGACGUCGCCGGACCUCAAGAAGUGCUACCAGACCUUCCCGCCGGACCGCAAGAAAGGCGGCAGCGUCAAGGGCGGCCCGGCCGGCGGCGCCUUCAAGGGCCACGACAAUGGCUUCCUCCUCGACGUCCAGGAGCACAGGGAUGGGAAGCCGUCAGCCGAGGCUGCCCCGGGCGGCACCGCCGAGCCAAGGGCCGCCGACUCGCUCGCCCACUCCGAUGCCCACAUGAACGCCGUCGACCGGUCCCCGAGCGACGCCUGUUUGGAGCCCUGUAAAAGCCCCGACGUGUACAGCUGCGUGAAAGGCUCUCGUCUGCAAAACUCCGCCGACCCGGCCUCCGAAGAGUCCGACGACCAGCCAUACGACAAAGCCGGGCCGGACGCCGAGGACGCCCAGCCAUCGGCGCCAGGCAGGGUGUUCAAGACCGAAGUGGCGGCCGUUUAUUUACCUGCGUCCGGCUCCCAGGCCGCCGAGCCCGCCUUGCCAAACUCGGCCGCGGAGAGUGAAUGGUCCCUGUGCCCGGCCACAGAGGACGAGAAAAAGAGAACUGGGCACGUGAACGGGCUCCAUCCCCCGGCCUGCCCCACGCAGGCGCGGUGCCCGGCCGAAUGCCACGAGCAGACCCCGCAGAGGAACGUCUCGCCCACGCCGGCGGCCGACGAGAACCCGCCCUGCCGGACGGCCGUGGCGCUCACCGAGGAAUGCCGUGAAAUUGUGCCUCACACCGAAGUCGUAGACCUGAAGGCGCAGCUUCAGAUGAUGGAGAACUUGAUCAGCUCCAGCCAGGAAACCAUCAAAGUGCUGCUGGGCGUGAUCCAGGAGCUGGAGAAGGGAGAGGCUCACCGGGAAGGGCUUUCCUACAGGACUGGCCAGGACACAGCCAACUGUGCAACGUGCAGGAACAGCGCCUGCAUCAUCUAUAGUGUGGAACUGGAUUUUAAACAACAAGAAGAUAAGCUCCAGCCAGUUCUGAGAAAACUUCAUCCUAUUGAAGAAACUCAGGUCGCACCCUUGCCUUACUCUCCGGAGACUUACUCCGCCACUCCCAAGCAAAAAUCCAAAACUGAAUCCAAAAAGCAUGGAAGAUGGAGACUCUGGUUCCUUUAA